CAAAAUUGAAGGACCAUGCAUGCUCGGCCCGGACCGGCCCACAGCCCGGCCUAUUGCCAUCCUUCAUAUAAUCCCUUGUCCGAGCUGCCUUCAAAACCCAUAACAAAGAAAAUGAGAUCAAUCGCCUUCUCCUCCUUUCUUCGCUCCAAAACCCUCUCUCCUCUCUCCUUAUUCUCUUCUCCCGCCCGUCUCUUCACCUCCCAAAACCCUAACCCUAACCCUCGCACCCGAACCCCUCUCGAGAAGCAAUUCGACUCUUGGACCGCCCGCCUCAGGCCCGGCUUCACCCCAUCCGACGUAAUCUCCGCCCUCCGUUCCCAGACCGACCCCGAUCUGGCCGUCGAUAUCUUCCGAUGGACCGCCCUCCAGCGCGGCUACCGCCACAGCCCCGCCGUGUACCACACCAUCUUCGACAUCACUGCCUCGGCCCGCCGAUCGUCCCACGCUGAAGCCCUCAUUGACGAGGUCCUAGCCGGCGCAUGCUCGCCGGACCCCGAUCUCUACAAUUCUAUGAUCCGCUUCUGCUGCCGCCACCGCCACCUCUUCAACCGGUCCUUUGAUGUGUUCAAGAAGAUGCAGCGAUCUGAUGGAUGUAAGCCCUCACUCGAAACGUAUUCAAUGCUCUUGAAUUCGCUCCUCCGCAGGUUUAAUCGGUUGAAUGUCUCUUAUGUCUAUUUGCAUGCUGUUCGAUCCCUGCUCAAACAGAUGAAAGCGUCGGGUGUGAUUCCUGACACUUUCACUUUGAAUCUGAUUGUGAAAGCUUACUCUAAGUGUUUGGAAAUGGACGAGGCGAUUCGGGUUUUCCGCGAGAUGGGUCUUUAUGGAUGCACGCCGGAUGGGUAUACGUACAGUUACUUAACGAAAGGAUUGUGCGAGAAGGAGCGGGUUGCUCAUGGUUUUGGGUUCUACCAAGAGAUGAGAGGGAAGGGUUUUGUGCCAACCAGUAGUACUUACAUGAUUUUGAUAUGUAGCCUUUCGAUGGAGCGGAGAUUUGAAGAUGGGAUUGAUGUUCUGUUUGAUAUGUUGGAUAAUUCGAUGGUUCCAGAUGUUUUGACGUAUCGGACACUGUUGGAAGGGUUGUGUAGAGAAGGGAGGGAAAAUGAUGCAUUCGGGCUUCUCGAAGAAUUGAGGAAGAAAGAAGGUUCAAUGGGGGAAAGGGUUUACAGUAGUUUGUUGGAUGGAUUGCAUUUGCUUCGAUGAGGAUAGACACGCUGAAUUGGGUUGCAAUGUCAUGCUUAAAUUCCAAGCCCUUUUCUGUACCUUCAGCGGGGAAAGCAGGCACUGAAAGAAUCACUCUCAUUGAGUUGAACUUGGCUACCAGAGCAAAUGUUUCCAGGUAGUCGAUCCCAGAAAUUUUAAUGAAUUUGAAAGAAAUUGUAUUUAGUCAUUUGUAUGGAACUUGUGACGCAUUCACUUGCGUCAGGGGUCCUAGAUACGCAACUGCUCUUGAUAUCAUCCCACCACCUUUUGUGGAGAUGGUUGAUACUCCACAGCAUAUAGCUAGCCCGACAGGACCAAUUGAUUUGUGUAUUGAAUUACAAAUUGAGAGGGAUUGUGGUUAUUGUAUGAAAAUCCCAAAUAACUAUCAAGAUGGAGGUUAUCCUAUAGAUCCAUUUCCUUCAUAGGAAUCUGAUGCUUUUUGCAGUUGUUGUCUCAGGUAAGGGAGGGAAAAUGGGGCAUUUGUUCUCCUCGAGGAAUUGAGGAAGAAGGAAGGUUCAAUGGGGAAAAAGACUUGCACUAGUUUGUUGGAUGGAGUGCAUUUGCUUGGUCAAUGGUAGACAUGCUGAAUUGGCUUGCAUUUUUGUGCUUAAAUUUAAAUGUUAUCCCCUUCGCAGGAAUUCAACUCUUGUUGCAGUUGUCUUGGGGAAGGGAGGGAAAAUGAUGCAUUUUUUGCUGCUCAAAGAAUUGAUGAAGGUUCAAUGGGGAAAAGAGUCUACUAGUUUGUUGGAUGGAUUGCUUAGUUGGGGGUAGGCAAAACUAAGUGGGUUGUAUUUUUAUAUUUAAAUUCAAACUUUAUUCCCUUUGCGGUUGUCUCGGGAAAAGGAAGGAAAAUUAUAUUUUUGGAGUGCUUGGGGAGUUGAGGAAGGAGUUUUUUGAGGGGUAAAAGACAUGCAUGACUGUGGUGGAUGGAGUGCGAUUUGUUUAGUCAUGGAAGAUGCUUACUCGGGUUAUGUUCU